GUGAGGAGAAAAUAGAUUUUGAUCGCAGCUCUGAGCCCUGAUACAGGCUUCAUUUAAACAAGUGGGCAAACACUGGAAGGAAUUAAAAAUAAACUCGUGGGAAAGCCAACUCAUCUGAACGGCGAAAAUAAGGAUGCCCAUAAGAAUGAAAGCAAAGCAGAUUUUAUGUUGAAACAAAUUUAAGGACCACAAGCAUCGAUAAAAAGAAGGAUUGAAAAUCUUUGCAGUGCCUGAAAAUCAAACACAGCUUAUUUAUGAUAAACAAAAAUUGGUUUUGUGAUGAGGCCAAAGACCUUUCCAGCCACUUCAUAUACUGGAAACAGCCGCCAGAGACUGCAGGAAAUUCGAGAGGGGUUGAAACAACCUCAUAAGCCUUCAGGCCAGGCUUUAAAUGUUGGCUCCAACAAUGAAACCCCACUAGACCUGAAAGCCGUUGUUGCAAAGGAUGCUACCAGACAACAGCAAAUGCGACCUGUACCGAAAUUUGGACCUUAUCAGAAAGCUCUCCGAGAAAUCAGAAACUCCCUGAUGCCAUUUGCAAAUGAGUCUGGUUCAUCUACUAGUGUUGAAGUAAAUAGACAGAUGUUACAAGAAUUGGUAAAUGCUGGAUGUGAUCAGGAAAUGGCAAUCCGAGCACUGAAGCAGACUGGCAGCAGAAGCAUAGAAGCUGCUCUAGACUUCAUAAGUAAGAUGGGCUAUCUGGACCCUCGGACUGAACAGAUCGUAAGAGUAAUUAAGCAAACAUCAGGAAAAAGUAUUGGACCACAUCCUCUUGAUCGUAGGCCAAGUUUUGAAGGAUCAAAUGACUCUUUGUGUACCUAUCACCAGUUGGGCAAUCCAAUGUAUGAUUUAGCAGAUUCUGGAGCUGCAAAUACACCGAAUAUGAAUUUUUUAGUUGCUGCUGGACAAGCUAUAACUGUCAACACUCCAGGGCAAAGGUGUUCUCCCUUAGGACUUCACUCUGCAAUUGUUGGACAGAAUCCUCCAUCAAAUGCUAUAUUCCCCUCCACAAGCUGUGAUAUUAAACAUCAACAAAUAUCAUAUUCGGCCAAAGGAGAAACAGGCCAAUCUCUUCAAAUGAUAAAUUACACUCUUUCAAAUCACAGUGGCCAAUCAAUUACAUUGCAAAGUCCUCAGGUGUCAAGCAAUCCACAUUAUAUGAGGCAGCAUUUAAUGGCUCAAGGAGAAAAUAAUGUCUCCUUAGGUUAUGCUGUCCAAAGAAGUUCAUCUUUCCAAAACAAGGUGCAACAGGAAGGAAAUUAUGGAACCCUUCAGAAUAAAAGCCCUGUUACUCAAGGCAUUCCUGGCCAUACGUUCCAACAACCUCCAACAGUUUUAUACUUGUCGCAGUCCCAUCAUAGACAACAAAGUCCUACAUCUCCUCAAAUACAAAUGUUAUCAAGCCGCACUUCUUCAUUUGGAAAUGAGUUUUCGGAACUUGCUCCAAAUAUGAUCACACCCUCAAGAAAUAGCCUCAAUGUGGACAUUUUUGAUAUAAAUCCUUCCCAGGUGCAACAUUGGCAAGUAUCAUCUCCAUCAAGGAGGGAUUCCAUUCAGAACACUGGACUAGAAACAUUGCCAAGACCAGCUGGCCAUCUUAGGCCAGAUAGCCAAAUACCAAACAGAACUAAUUCGUUCAAUAACCAACUUCAAACUUCACCAUCUGUGAAACAAAUUCAAACAGGCAAAACAGAGUCAUCCCUAAACACUACCAAUACUAUCACAGCAGUAACAUCAACCCCUAUUCUUCAACCUGUGAAGAGCAUUAGAGUUCCAAGGCCUGAACCUCAAACAGCUGUAGCACCUUCACAUCCGGCAUGGUUGCAGAAUCAGGGUACGGACAAUAAUGAUAUACUGGAGCAAAAAUCCUUGACAGCAGCAGGAGCAGCAGCCUAUGUCCUUGAAACUGAUGAUUACACUAUGAAAGAGCGUAGAUGUCCUCCACCACCAUAUCCAAAACAUUUAUUACUUCAGAACAAUACAGAGCAAUUUGAUGCUAACUCUGUAGCCGUGGAUGUGGAGCAGUGUAUCCGUGGUGUUCACAGUUUGACAUGCAAUAAAACUGAGGACAACAACAAUGAAAAAAGUGAGAAAAGUAGCAAGCCUAACAAACCAGAGAAGAUGGGAAAGGACAAAAAACGUAUUCAAACAUCCCCUGUGCCAUUUCGCAAAAAUAAAGAUGAAGAGAAAAGGGAAUCGCGAAUUAAAAGUUAUUCCCCUUUUGCUUUUAAAUUUUUCAUGGAACAACAUGUAGAAAACAUCAUGAAAACAUAUCAGCAAAAAUUAAACAGAAGGUUGCAGUUGGAGCAAGAGAUGUCAAAGGCACCCCCAUCCAUGGUCAGUCAUGAACAACGUCAACAUGCAGAACACAUAUUCCUGUCAUUUAGAAAAUCAAAAUCGCCGUUUGCAGUAUGUAAACACACAUUAGAAACAAGUAAAGUUGACUACGUUCUUUUUCAAGCUGCGACAACCAUAAUGGAAGCGGUUGUACGCGAAUGGGUACUCUUGGAAAAAAGCAGCAUUGAAUCAUUACGGACAUUCCUAUUAACUUAUGUCUUACAAAGGCCUAACCUUCAGAAAUAUGUUCGAGAACAGAUAUUAUUAGCAGUAGCAGUAAUUGUAAAGCGAGGCUCAUUGGACAAAACCAUUGUCUGUAACAGCAUCUUCCAUGAAGUCAGCCACUUAAUAAGCAGUGGUAACCCAGCAGUGCAAACAUUGGCAUGUUCAAUCCUCACAGCAUUAUUAAGUGAGUUCUCAAGUUCCACUAAAACCAGCAACAUUGGUCUCAGUAUGGAAUUCCAUGGAAGCUGCAAGAGAAUAUUUCAGGAGGAUGACCUUCGACAGAUAUUUGUUUUGACGGUUGAGGUGCUUCAGGAAUUCAGCCGACGGGAAAACCUUAAUGCCCAGAUGUCUUCUGUAUUUCAGCGUUACCUUGCACUCGCUAACCAAGUCUUGAGCUGGAACUUCCUUCCACCGAAUUUGGGCAGGCAUUAUAUAGCUAUGUUUGAAUCCUCCCAAAAUGUGAUGUUGAAGCCAACAGAAUCCUGGCGAGAGACACUUCUGGACAGCAGAGUUAUGGAUCUUUUCUUUACAGUACAUCGUAAAAUCAGAGAAGAUUCUGACAUGGCUCAGGAUUCGUUGCAGUGCUUGGCACAGCUGGCCUCUAUCCAUGGACCUAUAUUUCCUGAUGAGAGAGCACAGAUUGAUUACCUGGCUCAUUUUAUUGAAGGAUUACUCAACAUGAUUAAUGGGAUAGAAAUCGAGGAUUCUGAAGCUGUGGGAAUUUCCAAUGUUAUGAGCAACUUAAUUUCAGAGUUCCCACGCAGUACCUUAACUGCCAUUCCAAAUGAACUAUUUUCUUCAUUCAUAAACUGCCUCACACAUCUCACCUGCUCUUUUGGAAAGAGUGCUGCCCUGGAAGAAGUAUUGGACAAGGAUGACAUGGUGUAUAUGGAGGCAUACGACAAAUUACUUGAGUCGUGGCUUACACUUGUACAAGACAAUAAGCAUUUCCAUAAAGGGUUUUUCACUCAACAUGCUGUACAAGUUUUUAAUUCCUACAUUCAAUGCCACUUGGCAGCACCAGAGGGCACAAGAAACUUGACCACCAAUGGUGUAACAUCACGCGAUGAGGAAGAAAUCAGUGAAAUUCAAGAAGAUGAUCGAGAAAUGUUCUCUGACCAGUUGGCAAGUAUCGGCAUGCUAGGAAGAAUAGCAGCAGACCACUGCAUACCUCUUCUUAUAAGCUUAUUAGAAGAUAGAGUAACAAGACUUCAUGGUCAGCUACAAAGGCAACAACAGUUUCUUUCAUCACCAGGGCCAGCAUCAUUGGAUAAUAAAGUACUGGAUGAUUUGUAUGAGGAUAUUCAUUGGUUACUUUUAGUCACGGGCUACCUCUUAGCUGAUGAUACUCAGGGAGAGACUCCUCUUAUACCUCCAGAGAUAAUGGAAUAUUCCAUUAAGCAUGCCACUGAAGUUGACAUUAACACAACACUUCAGAUUCUUGGUUCUCCAGGAGAAAAGGCUUCCUCCAUCCCAGGAUGUAACAGAACAGAUUCUGUAAUUAGGUUGUUAGCUGCUGUUCUGAGAGUUUCGGAAGUUGAAUCUCGAGCCACUAGGGCAAACUUGGCAGAACUCCUUAGUCCACAAAUGGGAAAAGAUAUAAUGUGGUUCCUGAAACGGUGGACAAAGACCUACCUUUUAGUAGAUGAAAAGCUUUAUGAUCAGAUAAGUUUACCAUUAAGUACAGCAUUUGGUGCAGACACUGAAGGUGCUCAGUGGAUUGUUGGUUACCUUCUAGAAAAAGUUAUCAGUAAUCUUUCAGUAUGGAUUGCAGAACAGGACCUGGCAAAUGAUACAGUCCAACUCCUUGUAACACUAGUAGAGAGGAGAGAACGGGCUAAUUUAGUAAUAAAAUGUGAAAAUUGGUGGAAUUUGGCAAAACAAUAUGCAAGUCGAAGUCCACCACUAAACUAUCUUCCCAGCUGUGUGCAGCGAACAUUGAUGAAAGCGCUAGUUUUGGCAGGAUUUGCUCAUGUGGAUACAGAAACAAAACAACAGUAUUGGACAGAGGUUCUCCAGCCACUCCAACAGCGAUUUCUUAAUGUUAUCAACCAAGAAAACUUUCAGCAAGUCUGUCAGGAAGAAGAGGUAAAACAGGAGAUCAUUGCUACACUGGAGGCACUUUGUGGGAUAGCUGAAGCAACGCAAAUAGACAACGUGGCCAUUCUCUUCACCUUUUUAAUGGACUUUCUCAAUAAUUGCAUUGGUUUAAUGGAAAUUUACAAGAAUACACCUGAGACUGUUAACUUGAUCAUAGAAGUUUUUGUUGAAGUCGCACAUAAACAAAUCUGCUACCUUGGAGAGUCAAAAGCCAUGAAGUUGUACGAAGCUUGUCUGACGCUACUACAGGUUUACUCUAAGAACAGCUUAGGCAGGAAAAGGACUGAUGUGGCAGCAGAAGAAGAACAAUAUCAAGACUUGUUACUUAUUAUGGAACUUCUGACUAAUCUCCUAUCAAAGGAGUUUAUAGACUUCAGUGACACAGAUGAAGUAUUCCGUGGUCAAGAACCUGGACAGCCUGGAAACAGAUCAGUGUCAGCUGCUGAUGUAGUCCUUUAUGGAGUGAAUAUUGUACUGCCACUUAUGUCGCAAGACUUACUAAAGUUCCCAUCAUUGUGUAACCAGUAUUACAAAUUAAUCACCUUCAUCUGUGAGAUAUUUCCAGAGAAAAUACCGCAACUUCCUGAAGAACUUUUUAAGAGUCUUAUGUACUCUUUGGAAUUGGGGAUGACUUCAAUGACGUCUGAGGUUUCCCAGCUAUGUUUGGAAGCCCUCACACCUUUGGCUGAAACAUGUGCCAAGGCUCAAGAGGCAGAAUCACCACUCUUUGCUGCAACUAGGCAUUUUCUCAAGCUCGUCUUUGACAUGCUGGUAUUGCAGAAGCACAGUGCAGAACUCACUGAUGCUGCAGGUGAAGCCUUCUACACAUUAGUAUGUCUGCAUCAGGCUGAGUAUUCAGAAUUAGUUGAAACUCUACUAUCAAGCCAGCAGGAUCCAGUUAUAUAUCAACGAUUAGCAGAUGCCUUCAACAGUCUUACUGGAAGCAGCACUCCCCCUACACUGGACCGCAAACAGAGGAUGGCCUUCUUAAAAAGUCUUAAAGACUUUAUGGCAAAUGUUGGUGGUCUUUUAUGUGUUAAAUAGCCUCGAACUGCAAAGUCCUUUGUUGAAAAUGCACUGUAAAGCAUGGAAAUCAAAGCUGACUGAAUUUUAUACCUGUUUCAAGGCUGUUGCCUGCCAUCUUGGAUUUUAGACACUCAGGAUAUUUGGUCUAAUCCUACCAUAUUAAAACAGAAGGAUGAACCCACCACUAUUCAGUUGCCAGUAUUUCUUAGCCAUGAUUUGUCAUAUAAUCUAAUUGUUUACUUAAAAAAAUGAAAAGUGUAUUUUAAAGAAUUCCGGUAUGUAUGGAUGAAUGGGCACAGUGAAUGAAUCCAGUGCCUUUUCAUGUCUGGUUUAAGCCAGCUGCCCAAUGGCCAGAUAAACUGUCUUAUUGUUUAUAUUUGAGCCCUUGUUUUGAGGGAAUCACUGUAGACAAAUUACACAGCUCUAAAUGCUGUGGCUGAAAUUAGCUUUAUUUUUUUCCAGCAUAUGAAUUUAUUUGUGACCUGAAGAAAACACCAAAUUGUAGCAUUUGAAUCUUGAUUUUAUUUCCAUAUCAGGCAGUGAUCACGUAGUACACAAUACUUCAGAUUCACUUUGUACUGCCUGCUAUUGAGAAUAAAGUAUAUAUUUUUGCUUCCCAACCGUGAACUUUAGGAAUUGUAACCAGUUGCCUUAUUUUCUGUAAAUAUGAAACUUUUGUGUUUUGAAAUACCUGAAACUGGAUUGCCAAAGUGGCAACUUUUGUGUUGUUCUUUUUUCUUGUAAUUUUCCCUUCCCAAAAAGGAAAAGUUGCUCAUUGUUUGUUGUCAAAAGUAGUAUUAACAUUUACAUAAAAAUUGGAAGUUGUCAUUCUGGAUACUAAAUUAAGCCAUUUAAGUUCUACAUUAAAGCUUAAAGGAAUUUACUUGUUCAACAAAACAAAAUGUUAGACCCGAACUGUCACACUGCUAGGUUCUUGUGUCUGUUUAAGCAAUAAUGAAUUCUAGGGUGUGAGUUUUUCAAUAGUACACACCAGGAUAAACUGGGCAUUAGUUUAAAAACAAACUCUAGUUUAUGCUGUUGUAUAGUCAAUCAAACUUUUAACACUUUCAGAAUAAAUGUAAAUAAGCUGUUGGGCAUUUUGUUUGUGACAAAUUUGCCUUGACUAGCUGUUGGACAACAAAUCACAAUAUAGAUACAUGGGUAACCACAUAUUAUACUGCACAGCAAAUUCAGGACUCCAAAAAUGGAACUAAUCAGGAUGAGAGAAUUGAGUAUGAACAUGCAAGUUUUAAAUAUAGGGAUGAAGUAAACAAAGCUUGUGGUCACACCAUUUUAAAAAGUGAAACAGAAAAUGUGCAGUAGGUCACUGAACAUCUGAAAGAGAAAGAUGAGUAACAUUUUGGAUGUGAUCGGUUCUAAUGAAAGCCUCAAUCCGAAAUUGUUCCCUUUUCAGUGUUGAUUAACUUACUGUGUAUUUUCAUUCCAGUAUUGGUGUAUUUUUUUAAUGCUCUCUCAAGAAGAAAGAGGAUCUUCAUUGAUGAACUUGUACAGGUUGUAUGUCGAAACUACUGAAGAAAAUAAUUGUACUUGGCUUAGUUUCUUUUUGAGGCCAGCAAACCCGUUAAGUGAAUUUUGUAUGGAUCUCUCAACACACUCAAUUUAAAAUAAAAUUAAAGUAGCUAAUGGAAUAGUUGCUGCAUUUUUGUUUUGUUUUUCACUUCUAGGAUGUCAGACCUAAUUUACUAAGGAAAAACUUACACUUGAAAAUCUCUGUAGACAGUGUAGUAGUUCAAUUUUCUGUAGGAAACUAAUUUAUUUUGCUUUGUAGUAUUUCCAAAACUCCAAUGCUCUUCAAAAAUAUCCUGUUUUGUUUGAAGGUUCUUUUAGCUGACCAGUGGCACAAUUCUGUUUGACUGCUGACCACCUUAGGACUUCAAAACUCAAUGUACAAAGUGAAGAUUAUUAUUUAACGAUGAAACAUUUGAACCAGCAUUCUACAUUAAUUUCAGCUACUUUGUUUAUUUUAAAUUAAGUCUGUACUGAUUUUUGAAAGCUGGCCAGUAACAUGGUUGAAGAACAUGUUGGGAACCAUAUCGAUUGAUUGUGUUUUUUAAUCAAAUUAUUAUUAAUAUAGCAUGCCAUGUUUGUACAUCUGUUCUAAGAAAAGGUGAGUGAAUAUGAGUGCUUGAAAUCAGCAUUCUUUUGGUGUUCAGCAUAUUUGAAUUUAACAUAUUUUAUUCCAAAUGCAAAUAAUACAUGUCAACCAUUGCAAUAAUUUGCAUCAAUGUCCCUCCUUUUUUUUGGAUUAUCAUCAUGGAAAUUUGUGAUAAAUAAAAAUCCUGUUAGAGGAACACAGCAUCUGUGGAGAGAGAAACUGAGUUAACAUAUCCAGUCCAAUGUCAUACUUCAGAACCCCGAAGUUCCCACUUCAGAAAAUGAGUCAUAUGAGACUCUAAACAUUUAACUCUGUUUCUCUUUCUCUCCAGAUGCUACUAAAUACUUUUUGUAUUUUUUGUUUCAGAUCUUCAACAUCCGCAGGAUUUUGUUUUCUUUAGUCUAAAUUGGUGAUAACUAUUUUGAUAUACCAGAAGAUUGUGAUACUUAAAUCAAGUUUGAAGGAGUUGUAUGUGUACAAAUUGUACCUUAUUGGAAGAAAAUACAAAGUUUCUACUAACUUAAGCACAAAAUGUAGCUUAAAAUGUUACCUAACAAAAAUGAACAUUGGUUUUCCCUAUUUUCCCUACCCAUUCCCUUCAUUUAUGGUUCUGGAAGAUGUACUGUCUAGUUUACCCAUCAAAAAUGAUUUUACUGGAUUACAAGAUGAGAUGAUCAGUACAAUGAAAUAAUGGAUCUUCUUCGCCACGUAUGUUCCAUAGCAGAGUAGUACACCUUAUGCAAAUUUCAUGUUAGUGGUAAGGCAACCUGGUUGUAUGUCUGAACUGUUUGUACCAACAGAUUAUUGCAAAUACAUGCUGAAGACAGAUUCUUUUAGUGAUGGAAAUAGAACCUACUGUGUUAGAUACAGAAAAGUGGGGUGGUAGAGGAAGAGAUGUAUUGUACAGAUUUACUCAGCAGUCGCUUAAUGUUGUAUUGUGUUGGAAUGUAUGUUCAAAAGAAUGGUUGGACUUGGCAUAAGUAAUUCGAAGUCCAUGAAAAGUUAUAUUACCAUUUUAUCAUGUUAUUCAAAUAGCUUCUAUCCUACACAGGUUAAACUGCUGAAACUAUUUUGUUGGCUAAGUUAAUCAUCAAAUUUAAAUUAAAUUGCUAAAAGCCAAGUUGUGCUUAAACAAUUAAAACUUGUAUAAAAAUAAGUUAUAGAUAAAGGAUUAAUGCCUAUUCACUAUUGGCUGUGAUACUUUAAACAUUUCUAAAUAAUGCCACAUUUUAGUUGCAAUUCCAUGGUUUCAGUCCUUACUCUGACCAGGAAUAUCUAGGACUGUUGAACAAAAGUAUUUAACUAUGCUGUGAAAUACUGCAGGUCAAGAAAAUGGAAAUACUCUGUUGAUUGCUGCCAUGUGACAACUACUGUGACAUUUUUUAAAAUUCAUCUGGGAUUUGUCUUGAAUGAAUCAUAGCUUUUCUUGAUGUGUAACCAGUUUGUGUGGUUGUGCAUUAGGUAACAACUGUGAUGCAUUUAAAUGAUUAGUCUUCUGUUUUGUGCAUUGUUUUGUACUACUUGUGAUUUAUUUUGUCAUGUUUUAUUACAUCCUAAUGUGUGCAAGCACCAUUUUAUGUACAUUAUUUUAUAGAAAUUUUGAUCAUUUAAAUUCUUUUUAAUUGCACAUAGAAGGAAUUGUAAAAGUUUGAGGAUAUGUUUUGGGGAUGUCUCGCCUAAAAUGUAUCAUAUAAGUGUUCUUAUAUAAAAAUAUAAUGUCUUGGUGCAGUUGAGUUCAGUGAAAUUCUGACUAUUGCAUAGUCUACCCUUCUUGCAUAGUACAAGAUACAUUUUUAAAAACAAAACUCCACAUGGAAUGUUUCUCUGUAUAUAUGCGGUA